CAAGGGUGGUGGGAUGUCAGUACGUCAUAAAGGAGGUGGAGGAAGCCAACGCAAUGUUGAUACAGCUAACUACCGUCACUACCAACAAGGCAAUGCCCAGGUUACUGGUGCCAUGUAUGGUAACUCUACAGAUCAGCAACAACAGGUGCAGGGAGGUUACUCAUGCGAAGAUACCGCUGAUGUGAGUAGUAGUGGCAACACUGGGGAAUCGGAUCCUAGUGGACCGACUACUGCUGCUGCUGCUGCUGCGAAUGUAUACUGGCAACAGAACUACUAUGCCGCGAUGGCAGCAGCUGCAGCAGCUG